CUUUAUAUUGUUUUCUAAAUUGUUAUAAAUGAACGGAGGAGAAGUAACUUCCAAAGAAACAGAUAUGCCUCAAAAACCUGAGAAGAAAGCUCAAAGGAAAAUAAAAGGAUCGAGAAACUCAGUUGCAAAUGGUCAGUUCAAGAGCAGAGAUAGAUCACCGUAUAUCAUCAGCAAUCAGCAAUCAAUAAAGUCUUUAAAGAAUAGUUCGAGCCCCUCUAGAAAACAUCUUAGCAUUAUUGCAAAUAAAAGUAAACUGAACUACCUAAAUGAAACUGGCCCAGGAGACUAUAACGCAGCUGAGCUAACAGGGAAAUUGCUGACCAAUUCUAACCAGAAAAACUCACCGAAGUUUUCAUUUGGAACCAAGCUGUUGAAGACUGGAAUUAUCACUAAAUAAACACAUACAGGAAUCUUUAGGAGUUGAUUCUCCAGGAGUUGGGUUGUAUGACACUAUGAGUAGUAAGAGAUCAUCUCAGGAAUAUACCAUGGGCAGAGACAAAAGGUUUCAGGAAGCAUCGAAUAUAGUUAACCUCAAAAGACAUGUUCCUCAUUCUUACUUAAAAACAACUGCGAAUCUAUCUUUGACAGACUGGAAGGGCUCGAAGCUUUCAAAAGGAAAAAGAUUUACUAAGGAUAAUCCCUUUUAUAAGGAAACUAUUGGCCCUGGCCCUCAGUAUAACUUGCAAGAUAAGCCAUCGAUGAUAAACUCAAGCAGCAGGCUGUCUCUUGAGACGGAAGCACAUGAUAGCAGACUUUUUGGAGCUCCAUACAGUAAGUAUAAGAACGUAUACUUCCAUGAAUUGGGCAGGGACUUCUGUAACAGAGAAGGCCCUGGUCCUGCACAGUACGAUUCCAAUAAGGCUGCAAAAGGGCAGAAAUACUCUUUCCCCAAGAACUCAAGGAAAUUAUCGACUAUUAAAAAGAAGGAUAAGACUCCAAGCCCAACUUCUUAUAGAUAUGAGAAGCAGAGCAAGUUGCUGAAAAACAUAGGGACUGUUUUUAGCAAGGGAUCUCGCGAAGUUGACUUUAGCAAAUAUGCUUCACAGAACAGCGUGAUGAUCGAGAAAGGAAUAUACUAGGUACGAUAUUAAGAAGUUGCAUAAGAAAGUUU